AGACAAUUGUGGAGAACACGCCUCCUAUGCUACAAUUGGAUAGUGUAAUGAUCGGAUAUGCACUGUACAUUUCCGGAGGAUUUCAUUGGCCGCCAGCUCUACGAUUAUUUUGUUGCAGCGGAUUUCAGCUGGUGCCCGGUACGGUAUAGUGCAUAUACGAAUUUACAUUUCUGUGUUUGCGUUGCUGUCAAUCUCAGCAGGCUAUAAUCCUGGAUGAUCUGAAACUACGGUACUGUCAUUUAGUUUUGUGAGUUUUUUUAUAUUGCGUUUCUAUACGCGUUGGACCGUAUGGAGGGAUGUCGCGAUGAUGGUCUGCUCUAGGAGAACCAAAACUUUGGUGUCGACAUGCGUAAUUUUAAGUGGCAUGACCAAUAUUGUCUGUCUUCUCUACGUCGGCUGGAUCACUAAUUAUGUGGCCAAUGUGAACACCAAAGUCUCAGAGACAGAACCGGAGAGAAAGUUUGACGAUGACAACAAGGGAGAAACUCUGAAGAUUAUAGAGAGACUGGACCGACUGGAAAAUGUGGUCAACCAACACAUCCAAGAGGUGCCCCAGAAGGGUAGUGAUGAAAAAGUGGAGUCCCUCUCCGACUCCUCCCUGUUUGUCCGCUGGGGUCAUGACCUUGGUCCUGAGAGUCGCCGUGUGGCGCUGAAGAAGUUCCAGUACUACGGCUAUAACGGUUAUCUCAGUGACCGCCUCUCUCUGGCCAGACCCAUCCCCGACCUCAGACCCGAUGGGUGCAGAAACAUGUCGUACCCCACCAAUCUCCCACAAGUAAGUAUCAUAUUUAUCUUUGUGAAUGAGGCCCUGUCGGUCAUCCUGCGCUCCAUCCACACAGCCAUGAACAGGACUCCCUCCCACCUCCUCAAGGAGAUCAUCCUGGUCGACGAUAACAGCAACAAUGCUGAGCUGAAGGAGAACCUGCAGAACUUUGUGAAGGAAACCAACUCCCAGCGGCCAGACUUCAUCAAGGUGGUCCGCCACGACAAGCAGGAGGGGCUGAUCCGCUCCCGGGUCAGUGGGUGGAGGGCCGCCAGCGCCCCCGUCGUGGCCCUGUUCGACGCCCACGUGGAAUUCAACAUUGGAUGGGCCGAGCCCAUUCUUCUCAGGAUCAAGGAAGACAGAACGCGCAUCGUCUCGCCGUCGUUUGACAACAUCAAGUAUGACACGUUUGAGAUCGAGGAGUAUCCGCUGUCUGCUCAGGGCUUCGACUGGGAGCUAUGGUGUCGCUACCUGAACCCGCCCAAAGUCUGGUGGACCCAGUUCAACCACACCGCCCCUAUCAGGAGCCCAGCUCUUAUUGGCUGUUUUGUGGUGGACAGGAAGUACUUUGAGGAGAUUGGCCUAUUGGAUGAGGGAAUGGAGGUCUAUGGUGGAGAAAAUGUGGAGCUUGGCAUCAGGGUAUGGCAGUGUGGGGGCAGUGUGGAGGUCCUACCCUGUUCUCGGAUAGCCCAUAUCGAGCGUGCUCACAAGCCCUACACUCAAGAUCUGACUGCUCAUGUGCGGCGGAAUGCGCUGAGGGUGGCCGAGGUGUGGAUGGACGAAUACAAGAACCACGUUUACAUGGCCUGGAACAUUCCUCCACAGGAUUCAGGGAUUGACAUAGGGGACCUCACGGAGAGGAAGGCUUUGAGGAACAGACUGCAGUGUAAAUCUUUCAGGUGGUUCUUGGCCAACAUCUACUCUGAGAUGAGAACCUACAGUGACACUGUUGCUUAUGGAGUGGUAAAGAACAUGCUGAGGAAUGACCUGUGUCUAGACCAGGGGCCUGACUCGGACAACAUCCCCAUCCUGUACCUCUGUCAUGGGAUGACACCACAGAACGUGUACUACACAAACUCACAUCAGCUUCACCUGGGGGUCCUGAGCCCCACCAUCGACGACGAUGACAACAAGUGCCUGGUGGAUGUGAACAACCGGCCGCGGCUCCUGGAGUGCAGCUACGCCACAGCCAAGCGCAUGAAGCUCGCCUGGCUGUUUACUCAGGGAUUGAGGAGUUUGGCACAUGCAAACGCCAGGGUUGUGAGUUCGAUUCCCACGGAGGGCCUGUACGAAGAAGGAGGCUCCAUAGAAAACAUGAAUUCCAAACGUUGCCUGGAGCUGGUAGAGAACGGUGAAACGGAGUUUGGCUACCAGCUGGCUAUACAGAAGUGCUCUGGUCAGAAAUGGACAAUCACCAACCUACUGUCAACCUACACUCUCCAAUGAGGGGAUCCUGAGUCCUGCAGGGGAAAGAGCUGCCCAUGGUGAACACUGGACCUGUGACUGACAGACAUAGAAGCUUUGCUUCUUUAAAAAUCUAUUUAUUGAGGCAAUAAUUGAAUUGAGUAUGCUGACACUUUUAGUACCUUGAUGUCUCUUAGACUCAAAGACAUCAUUUGAUAAAUGUAAACAAUGUCCUUUGUUAAUAUAUGGGAUUGAACUGGCAGACUUGGGUCUAUAGUGAGACUUACAUGUUUCAAUGUAUUUUGAGCAGAUUGUCUUUUGUCACACUGAAUUCAGGCUUGCGUUGGCUCUAAUAUACAUUGUAAUUUAUGCUACUGUGUAGCAUGUUUUUGAAAAACCUUUGUUAUUCUUGUUUGGUUUGUUUCUCAGGUUUGUAGAUUGAAUGUUAUUAUGAAAUCAAGUCGGUGGUUUCAAAGAACUGUUGCCAAUAUGUUGGGAGAAUAUACAAGCUAUUUUAUAAGUGUAUACUGGAUAUUUAUAAAAACCUACAGUAAAAAUACUGAUGACAAUUAAUAUUUUGUGUGGGUGGUUUUCCAUCUCCUGAAUCAUUCCUCAUACUUAAUUUAAAGUCAAUCAAGAUUGUCCAUUUCAGAUUUGUUUUUUGUGAAAACACCUUAAUAUAAAAUCAUACUGUAGGUGAUGAAGUCAAAUAGUUUAUUUGAUACCACAUAUAUUUUUCACAACACAUAGAAAUAGUGAGGCUUUAUUUGCAAGGAAUGCAAUUAUUUCCCCCAUACAGUGCAUUCGGAAAGUAUUCAGACCCCUUGACUUUUUGCUAAUGUUGUUACGUUACAGCCUUAUAAAAUGGAUUAAAUAGUUCCCCCCCUCAUCAAUCUACACACAAUAAACCAUUAUGACAAAGCAAAAACUUUCUCCAUUUUGGCAAAUUUAUGGGAAAAAAAAAAUGAAAUGUCAUAUUUACAUAAGUAUUCAGACCCUUUACUCAUUACUUUGUUGAAGCACCUUUGGCAGCGAUGUAAAGCCUUGGGUGUAGGGUAUGACAGGCGUCAGGUAGCCUAGUGGUUAGAGUGUUGGGUCAGUAACCGAAAGGUUGCUGGAUCAAAUCGCUGAGCUGACAAGGUAAAAAAAAUAUAAACAUCUGUUGUUCUGCCCCUGAACAAGGCAGUUAACCCACUGUUCCCCGGUAGGCCCAUCAUUGUAAAUAAUAAUUUGUUCUUAACUGACUUUCCUAUUUAAAUAAAUGACACUACAAGCUUGGCACAGAUCCCGCAGAUCCUCUCAAGCUCUGUCAGGUUGGAUGGGGAUUGUUGCUUCACAGCUAUUUUCAGGUCUCUCCAGAGAUGUUUGGUCGGGUUUAAGUCUGGGUUCUGGCUGGGCCACUCAAGGACAUUCAGAGACUUGUCCCAAAGCCACUCCUGCAUUGUCUUGGCUGUUUGCUUAGGGUCAUCCUGUUGGAAGGGGAACCUUCGCCCAAGUCUGAGGUCCUGAGGGCUUUGGAGCAGGUUUUGUACUUUGCUCCGUUCAUCUUUCCCUCUAUCCUGACAAGUCUCCCAGUCCCUGCUGCUGAAAAACAUCCCCACAUCAUGUUGCGGUCUCCACCAUGCUUCACCGUAGGGAUGGUGACAGGUUUUCUCCAGACGUGACACUUGGCAUUCAGGCCAAAGAGUUCAAUCUUGGUUUCAUCAGACCAGAUAAUCUUGUUUCUCAUGGUCUGAGAGUCCUUUAGGUGUCUUUUGGCAAACUCUAAGCCGGCUGUCAUGUGCCUUUUACUGAGAAGAGCCUUCCUUCUGGCCACUACCACAAACGCCUGAUUGGUGGAGUGCUGCAGGGACGGUUGAUCUUCUGGAAGGUUCUCCAAUCUCCACAGAGGAACUCAUAGAGACCAUUGGAUUCUUGGUCAUCACAAGGCCCUUCUCUGCCGAUUGCUCAAUUUGUUUGGGAAGAGUCUUUGUGGUUCCAAACUUGUUCCAUUUAAGAAUAAUGGAGGCCACUGUGUUAUUGGGGACCUUUAAUGCUGCAGAAAUGUGUUGGUACCCUUCCUCAGAUCUUUGCCUUGACACAAUCCUGUCUCGGAGCUCUACAGACAAUUCCAAUGACCUCAUUGCUUGGUUCUUUGCUCUGAUGUGCACUGUCAAAUGAAAGGUGUGUGUCUUUCCAAAUCAUGUCCAAUCAAUUGAAUUUACCACAGGUGGACUCCAAGUUAUAGAAACAUCUCAAGGAUGAUCAAUGGAAACAGGAUGCACCUGAGCUCAUUUGAGUCUCGUAGCAAUGGAUCUGAAUGCUUAUGUAAAUAACGUAUUUCUGAUUUUUAUUUUUAUAAAUUUGCACAACUUUCUAAAAACUUGUUUUUGCUUUGUCAUUAUGGGGUAUUGUGUGUAGAUUGAUCAGGAUUUUUCAAAUCCAUUUUAGAAUAAGGCUGUAACGUAACAAAAUGUGGAAAAAGUCAAGGGGUCUGCAUACUUUCCUAAUGCACUGUAUAAGCUGAAAUAAAUAAAUGACUUGUUUAUAGCAGCAGCUGGGAAAGGGAGCAUGAUUAAAAGGUCCAGUAAUAGUAGCCUCUGUAUGAUAGAUGUUUUUAAAUUCUAUUGUGUUCUCACUGAAAUAUCCACUUUUGAGCUACUCUAAUUAAAUUGACUUCAAUGCA